GAGAGCUCAAUUAAAAGACCAUGUCCGCCAUCGAGCGUCUACAGUCCUCGGUGUCCUUAUAUAAACCAAAUUCUCCAUGAAAUAGCAUUAUCCCGUGGCCUCGACAAUGGCCAGUUCGGGUGCCGUUCAGGUGAAACUGGAACUCGGUCAUCGUGCCCAGGUCCGAAAGAAACCCACCGUUGAAGGUUUUACGCACGACUGGAUGGUGUUUGUCCGCGGACCGGAGCACAGCAACAUUCAGCAUUUUGUGGAGAAAGUCGUCUUUCAUCUACACGAAAGUUUCCCGAGACCAAAAAGAGUGUGCAAAGAUCCUCCAUAUAAAGUUGAAGAGUCUGGAUACGCUGGCUUUAUCUUGCCUAUUGAAGUUUACUUUAAAAAUAAGGAAGAACCAAAAAAAGUGCGCUUCGACUACGAUCUGUUCCUACAUCUGGAAGGUCACCCACCUGUCAAUCACCUGCGCUGUGAAAAACUCACCUUCAACAACCCCACGGAAGAGUUUCGCAGGAAGCUGCUUAAGGCCGGAGGGCAAAGGGAUCCUCACAAAAGAUCUUCAGAGGACUCAAAGGUAAUGGUAAUGCAGGAAGGCUCCACUUCUUUGUUCGGGUCGCAUCUGAAGCUGCCCACGUUACCCAGCAGCUCAUUAACAUUGACCUUCUCUGAUGCCAAAAAGAGCAAGUCUUUCCCGGGGUCAAAGGACGGCUCCAAAAGCAGCGGUGCUCUUACAACCACCAACAACAUCAGCAGCAGCUCCCUCAAACUCCACAAACCACCCAAGGACCACAAGGACAAGCCUUCUAAAGACUCAAAAGAGUCCAAAAGUGCCUUCAGAGAUUUCAGCAAGGACUCUGGAAAACUCUCUAAAGAUUCCAAAAAACCCAAAGAGAAUCAACCAAUUCAGGAAGAUCGGCCUGUUCCCCAAAUGGGGUUCAAGGAGCCCAAGAGCACGUCGAAGGAGCAGCGCUCAUCCGAGCUCAGCUUCUCAAGUCUGGGACAAAGUAAACGGCGGCCUGUGCUGGACAAUGAAGGCCAUGUUACCAAAAAACGGAAAAGCAGUUUUUCGGAGAGCUCACAAAAGCAGCAAGCGUGUCCUGCCCUGCUGCAGCAGCACCAUCAUUCGGAUAAAAAGGUUUUGAAAGACAAGCCGCAGAUCCGGCAUAAUCGAUUACAAAGCAGUGAACUUUCAGAGAAGAGAAAGCUGCAAGCAUUACCGCCCUUCCAGGAUGUGUUGGACCCCAAUGACUCUGAUAUGGAAGACAACACAUUUACGAGAUCAGACUCAGAUCAGCCGAGUCCUGCCAGCUCCAGCUCCAGUUCCAGCUCCGGCUUUGGACGUGGACACAAACGCCAAGUGUUGGGCCCUUUGCGCUCCGUGAUCCCAGAUUUGCACUCUGAUGAAAAUGAAGAGGAUUCAGAAGAGGACGAAGAUAAUGACAUGGACUCUGACUUGGAGCGACCAGUGCACACACAAAUGACACAUCGACACCGCAGGGUGAGUUUAAGUGACGGCAGUGAGAGUGAAAACAGCUCUGGCUCUUCACCGCUGCCCCAUAAUGAUCCUCCACCGCUGCUGAAAAACAGCAGUAACCAGAUUGAUGUGAAGGGUCCUAUGAAACAAACAAAGAUGGACAAUAAAAACAUUGACUGUGACAAGGCAUACUUGGAUGAGCUGGUGGAGCUUCACAGAAGACUAAUGGCACUGAGGGAAAGGCACAUAUUACAGCAGAUUGUAAACCUCAUUGAAGAAACGGGACACUUUCACAUCACAAACACAACCUUUGACUUUGACCUCUGCUCUCUGGACAAAACCACAGUUCGGAAGCUGCAAAGCUACCUGGAGACUUCUGGAUCGUCUUGAAAACUCGUGCAGCUGGCUGCCGCCAGGAGGAAAAUCACCUCCUUUUUGCCCUCCUUUAGUUUUUUGUUCCUCCUAAAGAGAAACUCGUAAGGCAAUGGAAAGGAUCCGCUUUCAUUCCAGAGCUCCUCUCGUCUCUCGACUCGCCUCAGAAGUUGACAACAUUUAUUCCACGAGUCUGGAGAGUUUCACCCAAAAAGCCUUGAUAAUCCGACAUUGCCAAAAAAAUGCUCCAAAACAACAUACAUUUGUGUGUAUAUUGUUACUUGCGUAUGAAUGUUUGAUGGGUUCUUUUGCGAUGAAUGAAUGCAUGUUUCAACACUGCCUUACCACACUGUCUAUUUAUUGAGUAUGAGUUUCAAGUGUGUGUGUGUGUGUAAGUGCAAAUGAUAAUUAAACUUGUGCAAGCACUUGGGAA